AUGGGGCUUUUUGUAGAAGCUGUUACCCAUUUCAUAAAGCUCUUGAAGUCUGGACUUAAACCAACAGUGGUAAGCUUUGUAAAUGUAUUUCCAGCUGUAGCAGGAAUCGGUGAUUCCAAACUUGCUGAUGUUUUAUAUGGGUUGCUUACUAAAUCCGGUGAUGAGUAUUUCACAGAUGUGUUUGCUACAAGCUCUGCUAUCUCCAUGUUUGCUGAACUUGGUUCUCUUGAAUCUGCAAGGAAGAUAUUUGAUUAUAGUUUAGAGAGGAAUAUAGAGGUUUGGAACACUAUGAUCAGUGGAUAUGUCCUUCAAAAUUUACCUGAUGAAGCACUUAAGCUUUUCAUUCAUGCUCUACAUGCAACAGAUGAUGUCGCCAUUGAUGAUGUCACUUUGAUCUCUGUUUUAUCAGCAGCCUCACAGUUGCAGGAGCUGGAUCUUGCUAAUCAGAUACACACGUAUAUCAUAAAAACAAUGCCAAUUUUACCUGUGAUGGUGAUGAACACACUUGUAGUCAUGUAUUCCAGGUGUAAUUCCAUUGAAGAAAGCUCAAAGAUCUUUAAAAAUAUGAAUGAAAAAGAUACAGUUUCAUGGAACACCAUGAUUUCGUCUUUUGUCCAGAAUGGAAUGGAUGAUGAAGGGUUAAAACUUGUGUAUGAGAUGCAAAAUCAAGGGUUUGUGAUCGAUGAUGUCACAAUAUCCGCUGUUUUAUCCGCAGCAUCGAAUCUAAGAAACCGUGAAAUUGGAAAACAAACACAUGGGUAUCUUGUUAGACAUAAUAUUGAGUUUGAGGGAAUGGAAAGUUAUCUCAUUGACAUGUAUGCAAAAUCGGGUUUAAUAAAAGUGGCUCAAAAUCUGUUUGAGAGAACUUCUUCUUCUUCUUCAGGUGAUAGAGAUCAAGCAACAUGGAACACAAUGAUAUCUGGGAACUCUCAAAACGGACUAAUCGAAGAGGCUUUUGAUGUUUUCAAACAGAUGAUUGAUCACAACGUAUCACCAAAUUCUGUUACUUUAGCAUCGAUUCUUCCAAGCUGUAGUGUAAUGGGAAUUCCAAGAUUAGCUAAAGAAAUCCAUUCGUUUUCCAUUCGACAUUCUUUAGACAAUAACGUGUUCGUGCAUUCUGCUUUGGUGGAUACGUAUUCCAAAUUGGGUGUAAUUACAUACGCAGAAAACGUAUUUUUACUUUCACAUGAGAAAAAUUUAGUUACAUACACAAACAUGAUAUUGGGAUAUGGGCAACAUGGGAUGGGUGAGAAAUCUCUUCAUGUGUUUAAUUCAAUGAAAGAAAACGGGAUAAAACCGGAUUCUGUAACUAUAGUUGCGGUUCUAUGUGCGUGUAGCUAUUCUGGAUUGGUGGAUGAAGGUCUUCGAUUAUUUGAGUCGAUGGAAGAAGAGUAUGAAAUUGUUCCUUCAGUCGAGCAUUAUUGUUGUGUUGUUGAUAUGUUGGGGAGAGUUGGAAGGGUGUCAGAAGCGUAUGAUUUUGUUAAAGGGUUAGGGGAGAAGGGGAAUGAUUUGAAAAUAUGGGGGUCACUCAUGGGGUGUUGUAGAAUCCAUGGGGAGUUUGAAUUGGGAAAAGUUGUUGCUGAGAAGUUGGUUGAAAUGGGUGUUGGAGAUAAGAAUUCGGGGUAUCAUGUUUUGUUGUCUAAUAUGUAUGCAGAAGAAGGAAAUUGGGAAUGUGUUGAUAGAUUAAGGAGAGAGAUGUUUGAAAAGGGAAUGUUGAAGGAACCCGCAUACAGUUGGAUUGAAAAUGGUGGUCGUACGGAUUAUUUUAUGUCUAGAGAUAGAAAUCAUGCUCAUGGUGAUGAAAUAUAUGAAAUGUUGGAUGUUUUGGAUACUGACAUGAAGGAUGUCGAGGUGUGA